ACCUGCUUUUGGGUUCGCGCCCGUCAGCGCGAUGUUGUUCGACAAGGUGAAGGCCUUCGUGGUACAGCUGGACGGGGAGCGCGCGGGCACCGAGCCCGUGUUCCACGGAGGCCAAGCCGUGGCGGGCCGGGUACUGCUGGAGCUGGCGGGCGCGGCGCGCGUGAGCGCGCUCAGGAUGCGCGCUCGGGGCCGCGCGCGCGCACACUGGACGGAGUCCCGCAGCGCGGGCUCCAGCACCGCGUACACUCAGAGUUACAGCGAGCGCGUGGAAGUCGUGAACCACCGCGACACGCUGCUCGCACCAGACUCGGGGGACAUCUCCAUGCUGCCCGCCGGACGUCACGAAUUUCCCUUCAGCUUCCAGCUGCCAAUCUCCCUGGUGACAUCCUUCGAGGGCAAACACGGCAGCGUUCGCUAUUCCGUCAAAGCCACCCUGCACCGGCCCUGGGUCCCUGCACGCCAUGCCCAGAAGGUGUUCACUGUCAUUGAACCCGUGGACAUAAAUAUACCUGCCCUGCUGGAACCCCAGGCUGGAGCCCGAGAGAAGGUGGCGAGAUCCUGGUACUGCACCCAUGGCCCCGUGUCCCUCUCAGCCAAGAUUGACCGCAAGGGCUACACUCCAGGCGAGGUCAUCCCUAUCUUUGCGGAGAUUGACAAUGGCUCCACACGAGCUGUACAGCCCCGGGCCGCCCUGGUACAGACACAAACCUUCAUGGCCCGAGGUGCCUGCAAGCAGAAGCGCACUGUGGUGGCCAGUGUGGACGGGGAACCCGUGGGCCCUGGUCGCCGUGCGCUGUGGCCCGGUCGUAUGCUUCGCAUCCCCGCAGUGGGCCCAUCCAUCCUGCACUGCCGCGUGCUCAGUGUGGACUAUUCGCUCAAGGUCUGUGUGGACAUCCCAGGCUCUUCCAAGCUGCUGCUGGAGCUGCCGCUGGUCAUUGGCACAGUCCCCCUGCAUCCCCUGGGCAACCGCUCGGCCAGUGUGGGCCAGUUCCUGCAGAGCUGGGGCCUGUGCACAGGGAUGGAACCACCAGAGGCCCCUCCUGAGUACUCAGAGGUGGUGAGGGAAAGCCAGCUGCCAGCUGCCUCACAGGGGCCCUUCCCCCUCCUGAACCACCCGAGUGUGACCCUGGAAGGACCCUACUUUGCCUGUCUCCAGGAGUUCCGCUACCGACCGCCUCCGCUAUACGCUGAGGAGGACCCUCAUCCACCCUCAGAAGCUGGGAGGCCACGCUGCAUGACCUGCUGAUGUCUGAGUCCACACCUUGGUACCAGGCUCACAUUUCUCUGGCCACUGCAGUCCAGAUGUCUGCUUUGGAGAUACAGUCUCGGGGAAGGCCGAAUGUCUUCCAACACCUUGUAGGACUGAGGAGCAGGACAUGACUUCUGUGGACUAGUGUCUUCCUGUGGCCUCCAGUUCUCUGCAUUUGACCAGUGCUAGACUCCCCUAGAGGAUUAUAGUCUGGGAGACAGGAAUCCAGGGCGAACCAGAACCAGGGGAGGCAGAAAGCGUCCAGAGGGCAUUUCAGCUGAGGCGUUGGCAUUUGAACAGGAGCUCAGCAGGCAGAUGAGCACAGAGGAAACAAUUAGGGCUCAGACUGCCCACCACCUCCAUCUUAGGGUUGGGAGCCCAUGUGUGCAGGCAUGAGGUGAGCAGGACAGAGGGCCCAGGGACACACAUGUAAGGGGAAAGCUAUGAGGCUGUAUGGGACCUGAGGGUCCAGAGGUUCUAGCUUUUGAGGACUGGGGGCUCAGGUGGCCCAGAGCUGUGUGUGAGAUUUACCACAAGAAGCUCAAGGCCUGCUCGGGGUAGGGAUCCAGACAAGGACACAGUAGCCUGGCAGGACACCAAAGGGAAGACAGGCAGCUGGGGGUAGCUUGACAAGUCCCCUCCCGCACUUCACAACCCUGCCAGGGACUUGCCAUUCCGAUGUCUGAAGAGUCUGUCAUC